GCUGUCAGAUAACAAGAAGGACAACGGGCGCAGCCUUGUCUUGUGCCUGAUAAAAAAUUGGGAUACAAGUACGUCCGAGGACUCCUCUACUUGUCUCUUUCUGUUCAUACUCUACAAAAUAGCGAAUAAGGCUGAAAUACUGCUAUUAUCGAAAUUAUCUUCUCAUUCGAUAUUGUGAACACCCAUUCUUGACUACAAGUAUACUAUACAGCGGCAAAAUGCGUUACGCAAUCUCUCGACCAAGCGAAUACCUCCUGCUCACAGGAGCAGGAGUCGACGAUAUCCAGAUCAAAAAGAAGGCCUUUGUGAUGCCAUGGCAGCGAUGUUCAAGAAUUUCUGUAGCACCGUUCGACUUCUCGAUGAACCUCCAGGCAAUGACUAGCGAAAAGCUUCAAUUCUCCCUGCCUGCGGUGUUCACCAUCGGUCCUGAGACCGGGAAGGACGCACUCGAGAAAUAUGCUCGUCUCCUUUCUGGAAACUCUGGAUCAGAGUUUCAAAAGAAUGCUCCUGCUUCCGCUGUGAAGCACCACAUCCAAGAUAUCGUAAAGGGGAUUAUUGAAGGAGAGACUCGGGUGAUUGUCUCUAGCAUGUCGAUGGAGGAGAUCUUCAAAGAACGACAAGUUUUCAAAAAUAAGGUCAUUGGGAAUGUUCAGAAUGAGCUCGAAGAAUUUGGGUUAAAGAUCUAUAAUGCCAACGUCAAGGAGCUUCAAGAUACACCUGGCAGCGAGUAUUUUGCCUUCUUGAGUCGCAAAGCUCACGAGGGAGCUCUCAAUCAAGCCAGAGUUGAUGUCGCUGAGGCCCGGAUGCGCGGUGAGAUUGGAGAGUCUGAGAAGCAAGGCAAAACAAAGCAGGAAAUAUCCAAGAUUGACGCCGAAACUGCUGUCCUGGAAACCAAGCGAAAGGCCGAAAAGGCCAAGGCAGAUGCUGACCUUGUUGACUGUAAAACGGCGCUUAAUGCCAGAAAUGAAAUGAGCAAGAUUACUGCAACGCGCCAGAACGAGAUGAAAGAAGCAGAGUUGCAAAAGCAGCUCCAGGCUAAAAUGGCGGAGACUGAGCUGGAACGACGUAGGGCGAACGAAGUCACCAAGAGCAAAGUUGCGCGCGAGGCUGCGCAGGAAACUGCUAACGCCUCUUACUACACGGAAGAGAAGGCAGCAGAUGCACACUUGUACAAGCGAAAGAUGGAAGCAGAUGCGUUGUACUACCGACAGAGCAAAGAAGCAGACGCUGCUUUCUACAAACAACAGCGUGAGGCUGAAGGUCUGCUAGAACUUUCUAAGGGAUAUGGUGCUCUUGUGGACGUUCUCGGUGGUCCUCAAGCCUUCCUACAAUUCCAGAUGAUGCAGAAUGGUACCUACGAGAAGCUGGCGCACGCAAAUGCCCAAGCUAUCAAUGGCCUUCAGCCGAAAAUUACUACGUGGAAUACCGGAAACGGUGACGUUGGCGACUCAGCGGCACCAAUUCGGGAUAUCAUGCAGAACCUUCCUCCACUUUUGAGCACGAUCCAAGAGCAAACCGGUAUCUCUCCACCGACAUGGUUGGCUCAGAUGCCCAAUGGCUAUUCUAAGGACCCUAAUAUUACGAAGGCAUCUAGUGGUUGAAGCCUACAGGAACUACGAAUAAAGUAUGGACCUCUAUCUGAGGUCGAUGAGCCCUUGUUUGCUGUGAUUUAAAUAUACCCAGUUUUAUUUACUCUAUUCAAUUGGCUAAAUUACAAUCCCAUACUUUCAUAUUUGACAGCUUCAUCAGGUAGAUUUUAUGUAUGAGUAUGAUAUUCCGUCCGUUUUCUCCCGUCGUAGGUUUGUUCUUGCCUUUCUCUCAACCCUUA